AUGCGAUACGCCUUACCUCCUACUGGAGACCUUCGCUUCAACGUACCCCAUCCACUCAACGUCUCCUGGACUGGGUCGAAGAACGCACAAUCAUACGGUCCUCACUGCCUCUCAUACGGAAGUGAUCGCAGCAAAUUCCGUCAAUCGGAGGAUUGCUUGACGAUCAAUGUCGUUCGUCCGCACAUUGGAAGCCCCGGACUAUUACCAGUCGGCGUCUAUUUCUACGGAGGGGGUAACACGGGGGGAGGAUCUAGUGACCCACGUUAUAAUCUUUCAUUCAUUGUUUCAAAAGCGACGGCAAUGAAUAAGCCGUUUAUUGCGGUAUCUUUUAACUACCGUUCGUCAAUUUGGGGGUUUAUUUCCGGAAAUCAAGUGAGUGGAACUGGAAAUACAAAUCUGGGGCUGAGAGAUCAGCGCCUAGCGCUUCACUGGAUUCAAGAGAAUAUCGAAGCGUUCGGAGGAAAUCCGUCAAAAGUGACCAUUUGGGGGGGAAGUUCUGGAGCGUCAUCAGUCGGCGUUCAUCUAAUUGCCUUUGGGGGACGAGACGACAAUCUUUUUAGAGCAGCCAUUAUGCAAAGUGGCUCUCCCCUCGUAGAAACUGCAUUACCUGGUUUCGCUGCACAGAAUGCUUACCGCGAACUAACACAACUUACUGGUUGUUCUCAAACGGAAGAUACUUUACAAUGCCUGCGAGAUGUGCCUCCCGAUGACCUGGAUUUCAUAGUCGAGUCUUUAUCGGAGGACAAUCCUUUGAUCUUGGAUGCACUCUCCUUACCAACGUUAGACGGCGACAUCAUCAAAGCCUUUCCGAGCCUUCUACUACAGGCAGCAGCAUUUGUACGGGUGCCAAUCAUCAUUGGUACUACUACGAAUGAAGGAAGUAGCUUUGUUCCAGGAGACUUGGAAGGCCCUGAAAACCUUGAGAGAUACCUAGCCCGAGCAUGGCUGCUUCCUAAUGUCGUAGUCCAGAACCUGCUUAGUCUAUACCCUCCACCACAAAGCGAUAUCAAAAGCCUUGAUUUCGCAGAAGGAUUAGAUAAUGCCAUAUUUUUCCAGGCUGCAGAAUUACUUGGGGAUCUGGUGUUGAUCGCAUCACAUCGAUUGACAUGCGAGACCUUCUCGAAACAUGCCAAAUGUUUCUCCUUCCGUUUCGAUGCCUUGGCAUCUGGUGGUGAUACAGUGUUAGGAGCCGCGUCAGGCGUGACACAUGGGGCAGAAAUAGGUCCUGUGUUCCAGAAUACGGAUGGCUUUGGCUUCAAGAGGAACCCCUUUCUAAACCAAAGUCAAUGUUAUUUCAAGAUGUCUGAACUGAUGGGUGAGAUGUGGAUUAAUUUCAUCACAGAUAUGAACCCUAAUGGGUCGUCCGAAAGAAGCAUAGAUGAUAUCAUAUGGCCAGCCUAUGAUUUACAGAGCCCCUUGAACAUGGUGUUUGGGGACCCUAUACCUUGGAGAACGGAAAUGGAUACCAGGAGGAGUGAAGCAGUCAGAUACAUAAAUCGGAUCAACUCUGGAGUGAUGGGAAGAUGA